GGGGCGUGGCCUAAAGAGGGGAAGGGGUUCGGCUGCGCGGCUGCACCGCUGCCUUCCGGGUCGGGCCGAGCCGAACUAAGCCGAGCCGGGCCAUGGGGCAGAUCGAGUGGGCCAUGUGGGCCAACGAACAGGCGCUGGCGGCCGGACUGAUGUCCCCGCUGUCCCGCAGUUAUGCUGACCGGAGGGGUCGUGGCGGUGGCGGGGCAGUUCAAGGGGUGGUACUUCGCUGCGUACGCCAUUGCUGCAGGUGCCUUCGUCUGCCUGCUGGAGUACCCACGCAGCAAGAGGCAGAAGGGCUCCACCAUGGAGCGCUGCGGGCAGAGGUACAUGACGGCCGUGCUGAAGGUGUUCGGACCGCUCACCCGGAAUUACUACAUCCGUGCUAUUCUGCAUGCAGCGCUGGCCGUCCCUGCUGGCUUCCUGCUCUCCACUAUUCUGGGCACUGUCUGUCUGGGCAUUGCCAGCGGCAUCUACCUGCUGGCAGCGGUACGUGGGGAGGAGUGGCGCCCCAUUGAGCAGAAGCCCCGGGAGCGGCCGCACAUGGGGGACACCAUCAAGCAGCCCCCCAGCAACCCCCCACCCCGACCCCCUGCUGACGCACGCAGGAAGCAGCCGGCUGAAGUGGGGGGGCAGGUGAACCCCAUCCCUGUAGAGGCUGAGUAACACAGAGCCGGGGGGUCCUGCUGCUGCACUCACUUCCCAGCUGCACCCCUCACCCCCAACCCCACUGGUCCCUGAACCCCUGGGGGUGCUCAUCUCCCCCCCCGGCUCCUGGGUGAUCUCAGAAUCCCUGGGGGCUGCUCAGGUGCCCCCCAUCUCCCAGGGGACUCCCCCAGCUCCCCCCGGCCACGCAGCCCCACAGUGCCGCCGGGUCUCACGCAGCUCUGCUCACUGCACCACCUCUUCACGUUUUGUACGUUGUCAUUUUGUUUUUCUGGUUGCUUUUUGCAAUAAAAGGUCCGAAAGGCCCCAGAUC